AUGGCUUCCACUGACACACACAUCGCCUCUCUCCCCGCCCUCGCCGGCCUCAGUGCUUUCACUCGCCCUCUCACCAUCGCAGACCUGGACAGCUGCGUGACUGUUGAGUCUGCAUUCCCCGAGCAAGAGCGCUGCUCCCGGGAGAAAUUCAUCUACCGCCUCACCAAAUGCCCCAAGCUGAGCCUCGGCCUCUUCAUACAGCCCAACCCUUCUUCCAUUCCUCAGCUAAUCGCCCACGUCAUCGCCAUCCGCACCACCGCCCCCUGCAUCACCGACGGCUCCAUGCGCAUGCCCCCCACAACGUCCUGGCCCGCCAUGGCCCCGCACGAGGUCGCCAUCGACCCCAACACCAAGGAGCCCAUCGGCCACGAGCCGGCGGGCUCAAACCUGGCCGUGCAUUCUUUGGCCGUUGUGCCGGAGUACCAGGGUGGUGGUGUCGGGAGGGCCCUGAUGUCGGAGUACAUUCAGUGGGUCAGGAGUGAGGACAUAGCCGACGCGGAGAGGGUGGUCCUCAUCGCGCAUGAGUAUCUGGUCCCGUUCUACGAGAGGAUGGGGUUCAGGUGUCUGGGGGCGAGCCCGUCGCAGUUUGCGGGCGGCGGGUGGUUUGAUAUGGUAUGCUGA